GUCAAACUUGCCCACUUGGUCCUCGUAGACGGCGUCGGCCGGGAGGAGCAGCAGCUGCAGCAGCAGCAAGGCCGAGAUCCCCCACCGCCGGGACGCCGAGGCCGCCAUGACAGCCGCGGCAGCGAGAAGAGGCAGAGCCGCCGGAGGCCUCCCGUAUCCCAUCAGGCACCGCGGGACCAUAGAGACGGCCGAUUACUCCCCCCUGGGCUUUUCUUUCAGAGGUGUCUAACUAGACGCCUGACUGUUCUCCAACUGUGGGGCAGAAAAACGACGGGCGAGAGCGUGAGGGCUCCAAGGCCAUGCCCUCAGGGAUCGUGGGAUCUCUCCGUCCCCGAGGAAGCAAGGUUUGGCUCUCGUGGGGUCAGGCAUCUCUGCGGCCGCCUCUCCCCGUCCCGUCAGCCCCCGCGGCCGCAGCUGCAGCAGGGAAGGCGGCGGCGCACGUGGGGGAGCGACAUGCCCAAGUCCAAGCGGGACAAGAAAGUUUCUCUGACAAAGACCACCAAGAAAGGUUUAGAAUUUAAACAGAACUUGAUAGAAGAGCUCCGGAAAUGUGUGGACACCUACAAAUAUAUCUAUAUUUUCUCCAUUGCCAAUGUCAGAAACAACAAACUUAAAGAUAUCCGCAAUGCCUGGAAGCACAGCAGAAUCUUCUUUGGAAAGAACAAAGUGAUGAUGGUAGCCCUGGGGCGGAGCCCGGCUGACGAGUACAAAGAGAAUUUGCACCAGGUCAGCAAACAUCUGCGGGGAGAGGUUGGCCUCCUCUUUUCCAAUCGCACCAAAGCGGAAGUCCUUGCCUGGUUUGCAGAGUUUAAAGAGAAGGACUUUGCACGGGCAGGGAACAAGGCAACUUUCACCUUUGGCCUGGAUACGGGACCUCUGGAGCAGUUUCCUCACUCCAUGGAGCCUCAGUUGCGGCAACUUGGGUUGCCCACAGCCCUGAAAAAAGGAGUGGUAACGUUGAUUUCAGACUACGAGGUCUGCAGAGAGGGAGAUGUUCUGACCCCUGAACAGGCACGCAUCCUGAAACUCUUUGACUACAAGAUGGCCGAGUUCGAGGUGACAAUCAGGAGCGUGUGGCAUGCUGAGACAGGAGAGUUCGAACAGCUCACAGGACACACUGCAGAGCAGUUGGAAGACGGGGAUGAAGGCGAUGCUGACUUGGCCGAAGAGAGCGAUGAGGAGGCAGGAGACUGAGCGGCCUCUGCAAAAGGGACCGUUGGGAGUUCUUUUGCCACUGGGGUGCAGGACUGAGUUGUCAGCUAAAGACUUUAUUUAUCUUAAGACAGAAGCUUUUUAUAAAAGUGUAAAACCAGUU